AUGGGCAUUUCUAAUAGAGCCCGGCUAGAAGUUCUAAAGGAUCACACCAACAAGAUUACUUCAAUUCAUGAUGGUGUCACCAACAACUUAGCCGAGCUGCGUGUGGCCAUGGAGACCUCUAACAAGGAUAACCAGAGGGCCAUGGAGAACAUAAGGAGAGAGACGAACACCACAUUAGAGCGGCUAGAGAGGAGACUAGAAGAGAACCGUCCUGGGACACCACCUCAUGGGGGUGAGGCCUAUGCUGAUGGACUGGAAGCUAGUGUAACCGAGUCCAUGCAUGCGUCGCCAAGGCAAGGUUUGAGGCAUGGUAGCUGUGUAGAGAACCAUCAAGGUUACCAUGAGAGGUGGAUUCCGAAUGCUGCCUUUGAGAGAGAGGAGCCGUUGGCUGGCUAUCGGGCUAGGAGCCCUAGUGUUCACCAUGAGCACCAGGAAUUUGAGCACAAGCAAGAUAGAAGAGGAAACCGGCAUCAGGAUUGGGGACCUAGGCGCCCUAAGGUCGACUUCCCAAAGUAUAGCGAUGGUGACCCCUAUGAGUGGUUGGACAAGGUCCAUCACUACUUUCUGACAUAUGACAUCCCACGCCAUGAGAGGGUGUCCAUAGCCUGCUUUUACCUUGAAGGCAAGACUGGAAAAUGGUGGCGUUGGAUAAGGGACCAGUACGACAAGGAUCAUAUAAGGCUGGGUUGGACAGCCUUUGAGAAGGAGCUCCUCAGUCAGUUCGGGCCAUCACCAGUUGUCAAUCACCAUGGGCAGCUGGCCAAGCUAAGGCAAGAGGGCAAGGUCCAACACUAUAUAGAGGAGUUCAGGCAGCUACAGAUCAUGGUUAGGGGCUGGUCGGAGGAAGCCUUGAUAGGCACAUUCAUUGAUGGUUUGAGACCUUGGCUUGCCAAGGAAAUCAAACUUAGACAGCCCACAAGGCUACCCGAGAUGAUGAAGAUGGCUGAAAUUCUUGAGGAGAGCCAUUCUAGUGAGCGGCGCCGAACCAAAGACAUGGGGAGCAAGUCUUUCAAGACUGUGCAAACCAAGGUCUCUUGGAAGGGAAGGGACACAUCAGCCACCACCUCCAAACCGAGACCGGAGAUCAAGAAGCUAUCCAGUGAAGAGGUGCAAGAGCGCAUCAAGAAGGGGCUGUGUUUUAAGUGCGGAGACAAAUGGGGCCCCAGUCACAAGUGCAAGGCAGCUCAGGCCUUGUUUAUGUUUGAGGACGAGUCAAGUGAUGAUGAGUCUAAAAGCAGCCAAGAGGAACCCAGCCAAGAGGAGGAAACCGAGGAAACCGAAUCUGGUGGCACACCAGAGGAGGCUGAGCUAUCAUUGAAUGACAUGGCUGGCAUUUCUAAACCCACGUCCAUGAGGUUGAUGGCAUGGGUGGCAAGUGGAGAAAAGCUGCAAUGUGAGGCCCUCAUCCGUGAAGUGAAGAUGAAUGUUCAGGGGGUCCGUAUUAUGGCAGACUUGCAUGUGCUGCCCUUGGUCGGCCUUGACUUAGUCUUAGGGAAUGCUUGGCUGAAGAGCCUUGGCAGGGUCGUCCAUGACUAUCACAACAUGACCAUGGAGUUUAAACUUGGCUCCAAGAAGCGACUGUGGAUAGCCAUUGCCAGUAAGGAGAUCAAGUCAUGCAAAGCCAUUAUGUUUGAGAAGCUUUGCAAAGGCGGGGCACAUUGCUUCGCCAUCGUGGUGGCCAAAGAGGAUGUAAUGAGACAAGUCGAGAACAAGGGUCAGGAGGGCACCCAUGAUGAUUUAGAGCUACUGCCUGAGGAAGUCAAGCCUGUCUUAGCAGCCCACAGGGGGGUACUCGAGGUGCCCACUACACUUCCACCUCCUAGAGAGUUUGAUCACAGAAUUCGACUAGUGGCUGAAACCAAGCAGAUCAACGUGCCACCCUAUAGAUACGCCCACUUUCAGAAGGGAGAGAUUGAACGGCAGGUGGAUGAGAUGCUGAAGAGUGGCCUAAUCCGCUCUAGUACCAGUCCCUUUUCUUCACCGGUGCUGUUGGUGAGGAAGAAGGAUGGCACAUGGAGGUUCUAUACGGACUAUAGGGCCUUGAAUGAAGCCACGGUCAAGGACAGAUUUCCAAUCCCCACUGUUGAUGAGAUGUUAGAUGAGCUGCAUAGGGCUACGGUGUUCUCAAAGUUAGAUCUAAUGGCCGGCUACCAUCAAAUUCGAAUGAAUGAGGAAGACAUCCAUAAGACAGCCUUUAGGACUCACUCAAGCCAUUAUGAAUAG